AAAAUGGCGCCUCAGAUGACAACUGUUAGGACGACGACAGAGACAGCGCGUCGCGAGCCGUGAGUCCGUCGCCAACGCCUCCCGAUGUCGACGAAGAGCUCGCAGUCCGCGGGCGCCGUCGUCUGCGAACACAACUCUCUGAUUCGGCGCCAGUUCUUCAAAAUCGAAAGCCUGGAGAACGAGCUGUCGCUCCUGAGGCUCGAGAGGGACGCCCUGUUGGGGGAGAACGAGAGGCUCGCCUUUCAGUUGCAGUGCAGCACUCAUCUCGAGGUCGCCGCCAAGAGAAACGGAUCCAAAGAUGGCGUCCAAGACGUCGCGAAUCUCAACUUCGAGUCCAACGCCUGCCGACAGUCGACGUCAUCGCAGACGACACUGACGACGACGAAGACGACGGCGACAGUCGUUCCACAGGACUGUUGCUAUGAGUUGUCGCAACACCUCAUUGACCGCCGCGUCGACGCUCUCGAGCGGAAAUACGGCGGACUCGUGGCCCGCGAGUCGGCCACAAGAAUACAGCGCGCGUUCCGCACAUACCGUCUGCAGAAGCGCUUCAAGAGUAUCGCCAUUCAGGCGCUGCGACAGACGACGGAUGAGACGACGCGACGACAGGCGGAACGACAGCCGUCGCUGAGCGACACUCAGAGCACGCGCUCCGACGACAGCUCUUCCGCCCAGAACUCGGCGGCGGUCUUCAUUCCGGAGUCGCUGCUCGCGAGCGCCUCCACGCAGUCCUCGCAGGCCUUCGAGUGUCAGCGGAAGCGCUCGUAUCGCGUGGGACUCAACCUCUUCAACAAACACCCUCCCGAACGCGGCCUUCGGUUCCUUCUGAAGAACUCUUUCAUCGAAAGCGUCGACAAUAGUGAACAACAAUCACAACUCGUCGCGCGCUUUCUGCUCACUAGAAAAGGCGUUUCCAAAGCAAUGAUUGGCGAAUACCUCUCGCAGCCCAACAAUGGCCUCGUUUUGAGCGCUUUCGCCGCGGAAAUCGAUUUAUCGGGUCUUCAAGUCGACUCCGCUUUGAGAAAGUUUCAGACAUUCUUCCGCUUCCCAGGCGAGGCACAGAAGAUCGAGCGAAUGGUCGACGCGUUUGCUACGCGCUUCGUUGAGUGCAAUCCCGGCGACGGUCUGUCACGUGACUCCGUCUUCAUUCUGUCGUUCGCCAUAAUAAUGCUGAACACAGACCUGCACGCGCCCACGAACUCCAAGAACCGCAUGACGUCACAGCAGUGGCUUCAGAACCUUCGCGGCGUCUUUUCCGACGUCUCGCUCUCUCAACAGUUCCUUCUCGACGUCUAUUCGCGAAUC